GCACGACGCGCGUGGGGGCUGUCACUUGUUGCGUUGCCGUUCGGUCCAGCGUCUGUCUCGUUCUCUCCGCGAGUUCACAUCACGUUGCCGGUCGACGCGCGAUUUCUCUCUUUAUUCGAAACGCAAAGAUUUUGAGUCGAGCAAAGACGUGCUUCAAAUUUCAAUGUGCAUAUAGUGCGGUGAUUAGUGAACGUCGGAGUGAAGUUGGUCCUUUUAUCUCGUCGGCGCGCGGCCCAAGAAUCUAUCCGGUGCAACGGUAUCGUUCACUUCUCUCGCCGACGCCGAUCUCAGCGAAAAAUUAUGGCGUCCUUAAAAGAAGAAGAACGGUGCACAGCAAAGCAGCAUGGAGUCAAUGGAGGGAAAAGUGUUCGAUAGCAAUAUCCCGGAAACAGAUGCGCGACAUAAUCAGAGUCUGUUUAAAAAAGACGGGAAAGAAGGGAAUACGGAAAACGUGCAAGUUUUCUCGGUUGAUAAAGUUACCAUCGAAAAGAUUGUCCUCGAGUCUUCAAACGGUUCGCGAGAAGUAUUGCUGACGAAAAACGAGUCUUCGAGAAAAUUCUCUCUGAGUUGUGAGACAAAGAAUGUUAGCAAACGACUAGCGAACGACAAUCAACAGAAAUCGACGAGAAACGACGUAUUUCCGGAAGAUGCGUUUGCCUUUUCAAAAGACGCUAAUUUUAAGACAUCAAAACUUCCUAUUCCGAAAAGUCGAAAGAGCGUAGGCGCUAGUUUUCCAAACGAAGAAAGCAGAAUCAAACCGAUUAAAUUCACUAAAAAGUCACCCAUCAGUAGCAUUGUGAUUGACGGUUUAAAUUCGACAAAUAUAAUUGCCAAGAGGAAUAAAGUGCCGCCAAAAGUGCCGGAAAAAACUGCGAUCAAGAAAGAAAAUAAUUCAUCUUCGAUAGUGACUUCAGUCUCUUCUACGGAGAAAUCACAAGAUUUAUCACCGAAUCGGGAAAAAGUUGUUGAUAAAAUAUUGACUGCGAUUAAACAAGAGCAAUCGGAUAAACAUAAACUUUUCGAGACGGAAGACGUUAAAAAUGAUAAUAAUAUAAAUUGCGAAUUUGAGAAACAUAAUGAGAUAUCUAAAAUUGCAAACGUACAGUGCGAUAAAUUAGAUAAGAUCGAGAAGCAAAAUGGCGCAAUAAACGUUGAAGAGCAGGAAAGAAACGCGAAAAUUGACAGUGACGCGCAGAGUUAUCUGGAGAAAAGUCAGACGACUAUCGAAGAUCUUCAAAAGAAUCUAAGCACCAAGAUUCACGCUAGUACCGCGCAAAGUUAUAAAGAAAAGCUACUGGAUUUUCAAGCAAGUUAUACUCCGGGAUUAUCAGUUACCGCGGAGUCAAGUGGCAGCGAGAGAUUAAGUUCCGGAUUCGACAAGGAUUUUCUCGAGAAGCAUAAUCUGGAUAAGCGAUUGAAAAUCGAAGAGAAGAGACUGUUGGAAACCGAUCUGGAUUACACAUCCGAUAAUGACAGAACUAGUGAAACCGAAGAUGAAGAAGCAUCGCGCAAAAUCGACAUCAAGCAAAAAUACAGCGAGAAAGUAACGGAGGUAGAGAAGAGGUGGUCCGGGGGAUUUUUAGAGAACCGUUUGCAGCGUAACUCCUCGGAAUCUUCGAAAUCAUCUUAUAUUGAAGAGUUUGGUAGCGUGUCCUCACGCGAGAGCAUCGUCGACGAUCGCGACGGCCGCUACUUUUUUGGCCAAAAGCACCCAGAAAAGUUCACAGAGAGGUCGAUCGAUGAAUCGAAGACACGAACUUCGGAGGAAAUUCUUGAGAACAGUACUGUCAGCACUGUCGACUCCGACUCGUGCUUGGAGGAUAGAAUCAAGGCUGUCGAUGAAGACAUUGCUCACGUGACGAAUGAAAUACAGACGAAUGAUAACGACGAUGGAUUUGAUCAAGCUUACGGUAACGAAGAAGUGAAAGAUUGCAAUCAAUGGAAUGAAGAAGUAAAUACAAUUCUCACGACAACGGCGGUAGUAUGUGAAAAGAAAGAUCAAAAUUUGAAAGAAGAAAAAAGCAUUAAUGACACAACAGGCGUUAAUAAUUAUAACGAUACAAAUUCGAGUCGAAUGAAAAAUAAUUAUAAAAAGAAUAUUAAUGUGAUAAAAAACAAGAAACAUUUAAUUGAACAAAGAAACAACGACAAGACAUUUUUGCACUCCUUUACGGUGAUUAAUUCAAAGAAAUGUAUCGAUUCAACCUUCCUGCUGCGAAAUCAUCGCAAUAGAGACGGUUACGCUAAUCUUAUAAAAGAAUUCGCUAUGGAAGCGGGAUCAUCCAAGAUGAUGAAGAAAGAGGAAAAGCAAAAGAAGAAGCUCGGUUUUCGACGUCUUUUACCAGCCAUUUUUUCGCCGAAAGAUUCUCGAAAGGAAUAUAAGAAAAAGGAGCAGAAGGAACGAAGAAAAUACGACGAGCGGCAUUUCGCUCGUUAUCAACAAAAUGGAAAUUACACGAGAUCACCGGACACGAUGAAUCUAAACGAAGAUAUCAAGAGAAACGUCAAAUUGGAUAGCAGUCUGAAUGGUUCCAUCAUCGAUGAGAGAUUGGACGAGAUCAAGCGCGAAUUGUUUCCCGAACAGGGACCGAUUACUAGCACACCCGAUCACUUUCUGCAAACGGACGAUACACGACUUCUUUGCGAAAGAAGAAAAAAUCAGAGAUCGUAUACUACCGAUUCAAGUCUCAGCUCGAUCGCGCCGGAUGAGAGAUGGAUAGAGCGUGGCGGACAAUUUGUUAUCUCGCCCGAUAUUAGAAAGUAUGAGCAGAGGCAGAAGCGCGAAGAACACGACGGUCGACGAUACAAUUAUCUGGAACGCAAGCACAGUUUACAGGAAUCGAAUCAUGGCGGUCGUAAUUAUGUCUUCCAAAGAAAUCAUGCAUCUACCGGUAGAAUUUCGGCGCCGCCGAAUGAACGAUAUUUACGACCUCGAGCCGUUUUUCUUGUCGAUCGACCGCUGCCUGAAAUACCGCAGUCACGAUUAGAGCUGUCAAACUAUGAAAAUUAUGAGGAUGGCAUCGGUCAACUAUGCGACGAUCUCAGUAGCGUGGAUGUUGUUGAUGAUAAAAAUUAUCAGAAUCAAUCUGGACUUUAUCAAAAUAAUGGCAAUCUUGAAACGAAUUUACUUAAUACCCCACAAUCGGUUCCCGCACAAGUUAAGAUUACUCGACCACCAAUCGUAAAUCAGACUCAGAGAGCGCCCUUGAUUGGAAGAACUUCCAAGAAUCCAUCGUCUGGUUCCAGCCAAAAAUCUGGUGAUUACGCCGAUUCAAGUUGCACGCCUAAUUCGAGUCAAAAGAGCGAGUUUUCGCCUUCCAGUUCAAAGAGCGGUGAGUAUUAUUUGAACUCGCCUCGCAGCAGUGCCCGAACUUCUCCUACCGAACAAUCAGCCUUCGAAGACGGGCGAGAAGAAAGAAUUUACGAGAAUGAAGCUCAACCGGUGAUUUCUCAGUCGACCGUUAACUACGCUGAAGAACACAUUUACGACAAAACUCCAUCACCAUGUCGUGAGAAACAUUUUUCAAGCACGAAAGCAUCAGAUCAUAUGACAGAGAAUUCGCCGAAGAAGAAAGACAAUCUAAUCUACGAAGAAAAAUGUUUAUCGAAUCGACAAUCGCCGGUUAAGAAUUGCUCUUUCCAACAUUCUUGCGAAGAUAAUGAAAAUAUGCAAGCGGAAUCAAAACGAGAGAUUGAAAAAACACGCGAAAAUUGCUUAAAAAAUCACGAGACACAAUUUGAUACAAAUUUGAAGAAUGACUCAAUAACGGCCAACAUCCAAACUGAAAGAGCAUCCAUUCGAGAGAACAUAUCGCCGUCGAAACAAUAUGGAAUGACAAUAGUGAUGUCUCCAUCGGCGGGAUCUCGAACCAGGAGAUCACAACCAAACGAUCAAAUCUUGAUAGCCUCACCCAAAAGAGAAACCAUCUGUCAGUCUCGAGUUUCUCGGCCAUCGAACGAGACGAGGCUCUGCGAAUCGCCCAUUCCCAUAGCGGAUUCGCGCGAGGGUAUCUCUGGCAUCGUUCCAAUUGAAGUGCGACAUCAGUACGGUAGCCAGAAUUCUUCCGUCACAGGAAUGAGGAGAUCUAUUGAGCAAAAAACUAUAUCGUCUUUCGGUCUCUCGAAAAGCAUCUCACGUCCCGAGCCGAUUUAUGGAUACCGCAGACAACAGACUUUUCAUAAGAGCGACACAACGACCUUGGAGCCGAAGGAAGAUAAACGCGAGAAAGAUCAGCCGCCACUCGAUCUGUACAGCUCGACCGAAUCAUGCCGCGACGAGAGAAUAGCUCGAAUUCGAGGACAGAGUUCGGAAUUGCAAAAUUUACAAUCAUGUUCCUCGGAAGCUAAGCAAAUAUCCGAUGAACCUGGAAGAAGAGCGGUUCAAUCUCCUAUACGCGAAUCAACGCAAAGCUUUUGUCAACAAUCAUCACCGAAUCAGGACAAGAGAUACACGAGUAGUGCGAAUGCACUUCAGCAUGAAUCGAUUUACGAGCAACGACAACGACAGCAUCAACCGCGACAAGGACAAGAGCCUUUGUACGCUCAACGAAUCGCUGACGCGACAAGCGGUUGUCAACAAAGUCAUUCGACGUACAUGCUAUUGUCACCUUCGAAACAGGAGACUAGACAGCACCUGGAAGCAUUUUAUUGGCAGCAAAAGGCGUUGGAAGCGCAUCGGAAAUCGGCAAUUUCAUCGGCAAAUUCCGGCCCAAAGCAGAACGCGGUGAAAAUCGAUUUACCGGAAAUGAGAGAAGCGGUGUAUUGGCAACAAUUGAAGAGACUGGACGAGGAGCAACAGCGUCGAAUUUACGAGCGGAACGCGAUGGAGGAUAGGCUGUACGAAACAUACAACACGACAAGAACGGAAAGUCCGGCGACCUUGAUGUCGUCUAAUGCAAAUCAAAUGUUGAAUUCUAAAGGUGCGACGACACCUGCUCUCGUUCACGGCGACCGAUUGUAUUGGAGCAAUGUGCAGCAACGUCUCAAGACGAGUCCGACCGGAAAGUUGCCGUUAAUGCAAAUUCAAAAGGGUCAGAAUCAACCGGUGCUAAUAGUUCGGCCACAACAAGCGCUACGAGAUCGUCAGGAGAUGAAAUCUAUGAAUCCACGCGAUCCCGCGGCACACGACGCGCAAAGAUCGAAGAGUGCCUCCCCGCACUUUCAUAGAGGCGAUAUCGAACGUGCCAGUUUCAACGUGACAUACGGAAGACUAGCCACGAACGAAACAACCGGCAUCUCGGCGUCCCCGAGGAAACCGGAAGCCAGUGAGAUUCACGAGGAAGACGGCAACGAAGACAAACCUCGACCGCCGCAUCCGAUAUUUAAGAGGGGAAGCCUCAUAGGAGGAGAAUCGGUCGAGUACGGUAGUACAGGGCCCAAGAGAGUCAGCUUCUCCAAUCAACCGAAGAUCGGACCGGAUUUAGCGACAGGCAGCUGGCCAACCAAGCAUGGCACAGCACCUGAACCGCCCACUAGACGACACAAAAGCGAAAACAGCGCCUCGGAUACCGACUCGGUAUAUUUGCAUCAAGAUCGACGCGAUGGAAAUCAGGACGUUACUUUGUACGGUACUCGCAUAGCGGAUCUAACUUGUCGCUCGAAUGGCAGCCGUCCGCAACGAGAGUACGACGCUAACAGACCUCUGCCUCCUCCGCCCAAGGAUUCCUACGUAAUCUCUCGUCGUGAAAAUAGUGCUAAGAAUCACGUCGGCAACGAGGUAUCGACGGUCCAGCGAUGGAGCAGCGAGGAACAACGCGGCUAUCAACCACGGCAAGAAGAAGAGUGGAAUCCAGAUGGCAAGGGGCGACAGUCCAAUGAUACCGGUGGGUCGGUCAGGGGAGAGGUUGAACCAAACGAGCUUACACCUGGCAGACGGGCAGGUAGUGCUGGCGGGGGCAGCGUCGGCAGCGGUGGCGUCUUGGGGGUCGGUGUCGGCGCUGGCGGGGGUGGCUCGGGGAGCCGAGGUUCCUCCGGUGGUGGUGGCCGCUCGAGGGACGAGCCUAGAAGGCACACCCUCGGCGGCGAUCAUCAACCGUCCCUUCAUCAUCAGCAAUUCAACGCAGGGCAGCAACUGCACCCCCUACAUCCGCAUCAUUUGCCGCCACCACACGGCCAAUACGGCACCCCGCCAUCACGACACACCACCAUGGAUCUCGAGAUGGGGACCAAGUCUCGCCAGAGAAAGUCGCCUCUUCCGCGUGGGUAUCCGCCCCCAUCUUCGACGAUGCUCUUCGAUGACGAUCCGGGCAUUAUGUCCGAGGUGGAAACCUCCAGUACGGGAUUUCGACGAGGUGGCAAGCAAAGGAGCAGCUUGCCCGUUGUACGAACGCCCAGCAAGACUUUGGAGCGACCACUAGGACUGGUGUUCCUGCAGUACAGGAACGAGACGAAGAGGGCAUUGCUACCGAAUGAGAUUACCAGUAUAGACACGGUCAAGGCCCUUUUCGUUAGAAGUUUUCCGAAACAACUCACCAUGGAAUAUCUAGACAGUCCUCACGUAAAGGUUUACAUACACGACAGCAAUAAGGACAUGUUUUAUGAACUCGAAGAUUUAAGAUCGCAUCUGAGAGAUAUCAGGGAUCGCAGUGUUCUGAGACUUUUCGAGAGCGCCGACGGAGUGACAGGAAUGCCGGGACCCUUGGGAGUACCAGGAGGUGGCGGCGGUCUACCGCCCCAUUGGGAAGAUCAGAGCUACUUCAGCGAGCCAGAAUUUGACAGCGAAUAUCAGCAUCAGCACAUUCACAAGAGCAAGACGGCCAAGAAUUCAACGUCCGGUAGCGGAUAUUACGUGGGCGGAAGCAGCACCCUGCCGCGCGGUGGAUCGCUCCUGAGGGCGUACAGCCCGGCGGCAUCGAGCGUCGUCGGAGGACCGAACGCGACGCCGACGCAGCCCAAGACUCUUACCACACCAGAUGGUUGGAUAGGUGGUGGCGGGGUGCCGCCGGCCAAGCCGCUUCGCAGCUACCAGUGUGGUAAGAGUCCCCUUGGAAGCCUCGGGGGCUCGGCGCGCUUCUCUAGAGACAGCUCGGUCUCCCUCUAUAGUAUACCAGAUCGACUACACGGGGAAAGCGGAUACAUGAGCAGCCCUGAGCGUGGCGGCGGUGUCAGUUCCGGAAGUGGAAGAUAUCCACCCGGGCCUUACAGUGCCGGUAGCAGUUACGAAGAUCCGUAUUAUUCGCAAUAUUCAGGCACCGUUACUCCCGUUAUCGACGAAGAAGCCAGCGAUACGGAGCUGUUGGAGGAAUCGUACAGCCUUUACGGCGUGAAACCACCGGGGCGUCCGCCGUCUGGUCCCCCGCGGUCCCCAUUUCCUACGGGGGCGGCACCUCCCUUGCCACCCGGCGGACAGGGCUACGACGCUACUCGGAUAAGAGUGGAGCACAUGGAAAGGCAGUUGGCCAAUCUGACCGGGCUCGUGCAGAAAGCUCUGACACAUGCUCCGCACACCAGCCCUUCGCCACGAGAGUAUUUGCAAGUCCCGCCAGGACGAGAUCCUUACACGAGAGCCGCAGGCGCCGGGGACGAGUUCGACAAACAUUCUAGCUCCAGCUCUGCCUCACUGCCAGUGUCUCAACCUGCCGUUACAGAUGACUCGUACUUAAGGACUGACGUUAAACCGCCAAAAUUAGGCAAAGACAAGUCGGUGUCGUUUGAAAAAUCAGUGUCCUUCAGUGACGAGCCACCAGACAUGAACUCCCCCAAACAACACUCCCCGCAACAUGCAGCGGACACAAAACCCACGAAACCGGCAAUCAAAUCCUCCACGUUGCCGAGGAUGUCGUCGCAAGAGAGGGACAGGCACAAGCCGACGCCACCGCCAAAACCGGCUGCGCUGGUGGCUGGUCAAUAUGUAUACAGGGAUCUGGCGCUCACGCCAGAGAUGUACAAUCAACUGCGGGGUCUCCAGAAGAAGGCAAAGGACCUCAGGCAGGAAGUGCGGAACCUGAGGCGCAUGUCGCAGGCACAGGCCCAUACAGUGCGCGAAACCAUCAGGGAUACGUUCAUCACCAUUAGGGCUAUGCUAUUAUCAGGAGGAGACGCGGCCUGGACAGCUGGUGACACAGAGAAGAUUCGACUGAGUCGCGAGGAAGACCUCUACAAACAAGAAAUGAUAAGGCUGGAAAAAGAUCUCACCGAGCUGGAGAGCACCGUGGAGGAGCUUCGCGGUAACGUGAUCAAUAGAAAGACGCGUGUCAAUAUGUCGGAUGUGGAGAAUAUGGCUUUGAUAUUGAGUAAAUCCAGCAAAACUGUUGCUGACCUGAAGGUUCGUUUCCCGAGCCUACAGGAGGGUAUGAAGGGUCUACUUAGCUCCGAAAUGGAAAAAGUGGUGCGCGAGGAGAAGUUUCUCAAGGAAGAACCUGAACGAUUGGAGUCCGCGUUGAGACGUUGCAAGAAACUUACCGGCACACUGGUGACGCUCAAACGCUUGGCGUCGGUGCAAGAGCAGCGAUUACCAAACGCAGCGAGCGUGGAUGCCGAAGAAACGCCACCAAUAACACCGACGACGGCACAGCAUUCCAAGGCAGCUGCCCCUGUGCCAGCGGAACGCACUGUCGUGGGGUCAGCGAGCGUCCUCGGGGGAGGGAGCCACCCUCACGAGUCACCCGCCGACUCUCAGCAGCGUCCGGAGAACGCACUCGACGCUCUGUUAGAUGAACUGCAGACCUUCUCGCGACCUAGUUCGCAGAUGGGCCACGUGUCUAGCAGUCUGUCAGUGCACCCGGGUUCGAACGUGCUCCUGGCCGACAUCGGCCGCGCUUCCAGCCUACGAGAAACGAGCAUCACGGCAACCACCAGCGGCGGCGGAGGCGGCGGCACUCGCGCGCCCAGUAUCAGCGACAUCGGUCGAAAAGGCAGCGUGGAUUCAUCGAGCGGUACCCUGGCCGCGGUAUCUGCCUCCGCCGUCAUGGUGGGCUUGCCCGGGAUGCCGCCGGGUGCUAGCGGCACUCUGCGUCGCCUGCAUUCAUAUCCGUCGAGCUCGGACACCGACACCUCGCCGCCCAUCGCAAGAUUUCAAGCGUUGUCGCUGCAGGAGCAACAAUCAUCGCAGCAACAGCCUACGGGGAUGCCGAUAUUGCCGCAGGCUUUCCUACCCGGGCAGAAGCCGCCGGUUCCGGAACGGAACGUCGAGCUACUGCAGCUGGCGAGCGCUAGGAGAGUACCGCCGCCACCGCCGCCGCGCACUAGCUCUCGAUCACCUCUGGCGAGCCCGACUAGCCCUCAACUGCCGCCCAGGAAUCAUCCAUGCACUCUGCAGAGCGGCAACGCGACUUUACGUCGACCUGUGACGCGCGGCGGCAAGCCGCCUAUGGCCUUACCGCCAGACACUACCACGACGAUUUUAUCCACGACAGAACAGAUCGGCGGAGACCGAUCGGCGCCACCGGGCGUGACUGCUCCGAUACACAACUCGUCAUCCUCGCAAUCCUCCGCAGUGCUGUCGACCAGCAAUUCGAGCUCCUGCGAGAGCGUUAAUUCGCAGGAAGGCCUGCAAAGCAAGCGCGGCAGACAAGAGCAACUGGAACAACGACAUCAGGAGCUUCUAAGGAAACAGAAGGCCCUCCAAGAACAAUACGCCAGACUGCAGCAGCUACAAAGGAACGCGGCCGGUCUCACCACUGUACCACCAGCGCCGCCCGAUCUUCUGAAGAAAACCGGUUCUGAGAGUAAUCUCCUGGCGAAGAUGGGCCUCGGUCUAAGCGCCGCAAGUUCCGGAUCUCUCACCAGUCUCAGUAUCAAGCCGCAAGUUUCGCAGGAGGCUAUCGGCGACGCUAAUCAAGUGACCAAAGUCGAGAUCACCAAUGGUCAGAUACUUCCGAUGACUUCCGCGACAACAACGACAACAACGACGACGACGAGCAAUCAGAUCGUCCCCGUAGGCGUAGCCACUUCCACGGUGGUGUCGGCCUCAACAACCAGCGGCUCGGCUACAACCGUCACCACCACGUCUACUACGACCACCAGCAAAGUCUACGAGACGGACAUUCUGUGACCGAGAAGCCGUUCGCUGAUCGGCUGCUCGACCGUCAAGGUUGCCGCUGAAAUCGUGCUGGCAAGUAGUUAACACGACCGGCGAGAUCGCGAGGCCACUGUAUUGCGUGCUCUUUGAUCCUCUUCGAAUAAAAUAAAGGAACGAGAGAUAACGAAUUGGGAAUGGAUGCGACGAAGAAUAGAAUAGAAAAGGGACAGGAAUUGGUAGAAUUAAGGAGAUCAAACAGGAGAUACAAAAACGACUGACGGAGAAACAUACGAAAAAACAAAGAAAAACAAACAACAGAGAAGGAGUAAGAAGAAAAGGAAGACUCCUUCAGUCUUCACCAUGUAAUGCGUAAUCUAAUUUGUGAAAGUGGAAUAAAGCGUAGAAAUUUAGCGCGAGACAUGCGUAAAAACAUAAUACCGCACUAAUUACUACGGCUAACGAUAUUAAUGAUCAUAAAACGCGAGGAAAGCUCUCGAUAUACGGACGCGUAAACGGAAGGAUCAACGUUUUUGAGAAAGAAAAGAAGAAAAAACGUAAUUGGGGUUCGUUGAAUUUUGCAUUUUUACACGAGCAUAUUCAAUGCGCCCAUCUAGAUUGACGGGUCAUAUCCGGGUACUUCAUCGCACUAGCGUCGGACGCGUCGUCUUGCCUUCUUUUUUGGUCUCUUGAGGUCUUUCCCUUUGAUUCUCAAAAAUCGAUCCUUGUAUACACCUCGUACACAUCCGGCGUGCUCUUUGUAACACGUCUCUGUGCCAAAAUACGAGAAGAACGCGACAUAUACUUGCGUACUUUUUUAAGAUUAUACACAGCCGUAAUACCCGCGUAAUUAGCCGGCUCUUCGUUCUUUCUUCAUCAUAUUAGGGCGAGCGUAAAACACCGUCAAGAUUCUAGAUAGAUGAAUCAUCAUAUAAAUAUUAUACAUAAUAUACAUACGUAUAUAUUAUACAUAUAAAUAUAUGUACGAGGAGGGCGGGGAGAUUUAUAUAAAUAUAUACACAUAAGUGGAAAAAUAGAUAGAUAGUAUAUGUAUACACGAGAUAUACUGUGCAAUCUUUUCUCGUACACAUAUGCGCAUAUACAACACAUACGUAUGCAUUCAUACAUCGUUAAUGCCAUAAACGAAACGACAAUGUCGGCGAAAUCACACGCGUUUCGUACACGAUGAUGACGGUCCUAACGUGACUUUUAUCGUGCUUAGAAUAAGUGCUACCGUACAUAUGUAUGUGUGUAUGUGUAUAUAUACAUAUAUACACACAUUCAGCCGCAUUUACAAAUAUAUAAAUACACAUAUACAGGAUGUGUAGCGAUAUAGACGAUCGACGUUGAUUAUUCCUCGUUACCGGCAAAGUAUUUACGGGUGGCACUCUACGCGAGAAAAUAUUUCAGGAGUAUACAAGGAGUCUGAGGAGAUUUAAUUUUAUAUAAAUUAUAAAUGCAUUUGGACUUUAAAUAAAUUAUAAAUGCAUCGUGUAUGUUUGCGAUUUAAAAUCUACGGAAAUGGUCCAUAAAGAUAGAAUACUGAUUGAUUCUGAAAGAGUGUUAAUUCGUAUCGAUGCAAUUGGAGGACUGUCCGCUCUUUAUCUCUCUUUUGGAAAACACAUAGCUAAUAAGAAUCAAGAGGCAAGACGCGCGAAAAACCUGUCAGUAAAUUUUUUGGCGGCCAAAGAAACGUCACGCGUUAAAAAGAGAAUAUUGCUCAAUAUUUAUCAACCCAAAUAACGCGGCAGCGUUGCUACAUUUUGCAAUUAACGCCGCAGUAGCGUGCACCCUGCGGAUUGGAUUACUUGGACACGAUCGCACGAUUAUUAGCUAAUUAUCACGUUGCGCGCCACAGAAAGGCAUUGUCGAGUCGCUUCAUCCUUUUCUUUUCCAUCAUUGCGGGCGAAAAAUCGAAUGUGUUUACGAUCAAGUUGGCGGAUCAUCGAUCUUUUAUUAUUUAGAUAAAAAGUAAAAUUCGAUGCGACGAAACAUUGUGAGAACAUCUCGCGUCAUUUUGAUCGUUUCUCGCAAGCGUGAUUCGAACUAUUUUAUCUCAGCUUACUACACAAAAGGCAAACUCGUCAUCGCGCCUUCUAAACGAAAAAAAUUAAUGUCCAAGACAUGAAACGUCUGAAAUGUCUAACAUGAAAUCUUUCAGACGUGUCUUUCAAAUGCUCUUUGGACUUUUCGCUUCGUCAAUUGGAUUAUCUGCGCUCGACGCAAUGCGCAUACCAUGGAGGGCCUAACACAUUCGCGUAUUUAUCUUAUAUGCUUUAUUCUUCUCUUUCGUUAGAGCAAAUGUUCACCGAAAUUUUCGUCAUAAUCCUCGGAUGCGUUUGCGGAGUUUAAUUUAAACUAGAUGAUGUGGAUUCUUCGUAAAAUUGUUACGGAUAUCAUGCUUUUGUAUUUGUUAAUAUCUGGCGAAUAGCGCGCUGCUAAUUAUUAAUUAAAAAAGUCAAAAACAAAAUGCGCUGGUUAACGAGGAUCCUUAAAUAAUUUGACAUGAAAACGUGAUUGAUAAGGAAAUCGCUUUUCUAUAUUUACAAUUAUGUUAUUCUCUCGUAGAUUAGAAAAAUUUCGUGUGUUAUUAUUUCGUAUGUUCUAUUAGUAAGAAGAAAAUUAAUUAAAAAGUAUUAUUAGAUUAUUAGGAAUAAAUUAUGCAUGCUAUACGAUAUUGUCUCUAUACAAAAUCACAAGUUUUGCUAACAUCGCGACAGAUUAAGAUUAAGAAUUGAAAAAUAUUAACGUAAACAAUUUUAAGUGAUCAAAUAUAUAUACUUUAAUCCUAUAAUUUACUAGUAAUAAACAACAUAGAUGUAUUUAUAUAAUCACGCGAUCGAUUAAUAUUUAUUUCAUGAUUAAAUAAGCGAGACAGAUUGUUGCUUACGCAAUUGAUGUGAAAUAACGCAUCCGAGGGUUAAUUGCAUGCGGCGAGAUAUAUAAAGACCUUAUUUAUUUUCCAAUAUCACACAAGCAUAUGUCUCUAUAGAGAAAUCAUAAAUACUUACAAUAAGAGCACAUAUAUUAAAGAUAAGGUGAAUGAUAAUGAUUGAUAAUGAGCAUUUAUUCGUGAGUGCUUAUCAAGUAUUAACACAAUACGAUACCAGCGGAAAGAAAAAGAGAAAAAAAAGAAUUUUUUCUCGUUUUUUAAAUUUUAUUUCCACAUCGGAUUUGUAUACUGUUCCGCGCGCGCUUAUUGUAGGUAUUUAAGCCACAAUCAUAUAUUGCAUUUACGAAAGCUACUUUAAACGGUGCAUUUUCAUUUGCGGUGAUACAUCUAACAAUGAGAGUAUCGCAAUAGAGCUAGAAUUGUAUUUGUUAUCGGGGAAUACGUUUAAUCGCGCGCGCGCGCGCACGCGCUAAAUAUAAUCAAUUUUUAGAUUCCCAUCCCGUCCUUCCUUCUAAUCGUAAACAAUAAACGAAGCGUUUCGGAUCGAAGGUACGCGCUAUCGAUCCGCGCGAAUCAAGCGUGGACCAUUCGUGAUCGAAUUGCGUUUUUUUUAUCUCCGUUUUCUCUCCCAUAACGCGAUUAGCGAGAAUUAUUAGUGUAAUGUUUUCUGAUGAUCCUGUACGCCAAAUCGAAUUGACUUGUUACAUUUGUAAAUGUUUGUAAGUACUACCGUACGUAUAAUAAAAUAAUCGAGUAAUAAUCAUCGAAUUAUCCUGACGAUCACCGUUUGUCUCUGUUAUUCAUCGAUUAAUUCAACCUUACGAACAACGAAUAAAAGGCAAAUCAUGA